AUGAGUAAUUAAGGGGCAAGAAGACUUUCUUUCUCCACUUCCCCUCACCUUCCUUAUUUUGUCUCUGUCAUGAUCUUUCUCCUUUCCUCUAUAUAGUUAUCGUGCAAAGACUUUCUCUCCUGUCCAGUCAACCAUACUUUGUUUUGUUUGAUCAUGGAUUCUGAUCAGCUUCAGCUAAGCUCCACACCUAAGUUGUCGCUUUUCUUUUCCAUACCAAUUAGCAUGGAGUCUCCUGAGAGACCUGGAAUGUUACCGUCACCGCUCUACUCCUCAGCUUCUGUCCCAUUUCGUUGGGAGGAAGAGCCUGGUAAACCCAAAACAUGCACCACUGAGACCCCUUACUCAAACCCCAAAGAUGAUCUUCCUCACAAGUGUUUAGAACUGCCACCUAGACUUUCGUUAAUGGAACCCUCACCCACUACAGUCCUUGAUGGUCCUUACAUGGGCAAGUCUAAGAUCCAGGCUUCUUCGUUUAGGCUGACUACCGGUCAGUGUUAUGGUUCCUUUCGUAGGAGUAGUUUUAGUCUUGAGAGAAGUCAGCUUGGUGCUAUUGUUCUUAGUAAGAAAGGGCACAAAGACAAAGGGUUAUUUGGUUCUUGGUGGAAGAAAGGUAAAAGUGAUGUUGGAGGGGGUAGUUACGUCUUUCCAUCUUCUGUGGAUAGAGAGAGUGAAUACAGCAGAGAAGAUGAAGGGAGUAACCUUACCAGUAUCCGAAGAACAGGCAGCUUUUCUAGUCUUUCAGCUCCAAGGUCUCACUUCUGGGCGACCGUAUACGGGGGCUUGAAGCAAGUGGUUCCAUGGAAGACUAGAAAAGCGAAGAAAGAUGGGUUUCCUGGUUGACUUUUGAUGGGAUAGCGCUGGCCAGUUAAUUAAUGACCUGUAACACAAUUGUGUGGCUGUGUGAUAAUUAUCGUGGUGAAUGAAAAUGACUGCUGCUUGACGCCGCUGCUGUUGCUUCUCUAGCUGGAUUCCGCAACUUUUUUGGAUGGGCCUAAAAUAAGAAGGCGACUACUCUCUGGGCUUGUAAAAUUAAAUAGUGGUCCUUGUUUUUUUCUUUUUAUUUUUGCCAUUCUGAGUAUUUUUCAAACGAAUAACUUUACACUGCUAAUAUGGAUGAAUCUUGCAUAUGAGCGACUUACAAGGACAAGCUCAUAUCAUAUAGGCCAAUUAGUUGCUGUAAUCAGUGUCGGUUAGUAGCAAAUGAGCAAUUGACUGUGCAAAGUUGUCCACUGUCUGGUUUUCAA